CUAAUCGUCAAUAAUUGGUUUACGAUUUUUGAAUUUCUAACACAAUCGACUCCACUUAGUUUCAGCAACUGCUUUUUGUUGAUUUUAACUUUCGGAAUCGCAUUUUUUUUCUUGGUUUAAUUGAAAUAAUGUAUGGGUGUAUGGGUGUUAGGGCAGGUAGUUUUUAUAGCAUUCAUUUAAACAAAAUUGCAAUUUGGAAAUUAGAUAUUGCGCAAGAAAACUUGAUUGUUACGAUGGUUACAAAUAAAUACAUACAUUAUAAGAAUGAAGAUUGUUACAAGAGAAUUAUUUCGAUGGACGGAGGAACAUCUGCAAAACUUUACUUACAAAAGUCUUUACACGUGCAGCAAUCGUAUGGCGAAGAUCUUUUAAAAUUAGUCGAUAUUAAAUACGGUGAUCAUGUUUUAGACAUUGGAUGCGGUUGUGGAAAUUUGACUGCAAUAAUUGCCGAUAUAGUUGGUUCGACUGGUAAAGUUGUUGGAGUAGACCCUGAUAUAGACAGAAUUAAAGUGGCCAAAAAAGAAUUCAUAAACUAUGAUAAUUUAAAGUUUAUUUCUGCAAAAAGUAUUAAUUUUCCUAUCGAUGAAAACAACUUAUUUGAUUAUGCAUUAUCCAAUGCUGUCUUGCACUGGAUUCCCACAAACGAAAAAGUAGCUACUUUUAAACGAAUUUACAGUUCUUUAAAGCCGGGUGGGUUAUUUAUAGGGAACAUAUCAUUUAAGACAUCAAAAAAUCUUGAUUUAGCUAUAUCGCUUUUAACAAAAGAAAACCAAGAAAAGGUAUUAGACAGUUACUAUCGAGAAGAUCCUUUUAAGUUGCAUGCAAUGUUGAUAGAGGCAGGAUUUCUCCUUCUAAAGUACGAUAAACGCUAUAAAGAAGUUGAUAUGGGAUCGGUGAACAACUUUCUUCGUUGGGUCACUGCACUUUAUGGUGGAAAAUAUGAUUUCGAAACUAUCUAUCGCGAAUCAUGUACAAAAGUGAAGUUUGAAGUAUAUAAAAGCGGAUCUGUUAAACACACUUCUGAAGGUGUUGUAUUUGUUGCUAUGAAACCGUUUGUUUAGAGUUUUUUAGAGAAAUCAUUUUUUGACGUUUAUAAAAAGUAUUUUAUUUAAUUUCGUUUUUUACAUUUUGUAUUUUAGCAAUUUUAAAUUUCUUUUGGGAAUAAAGAGUUACCUCAAAA